CGGGGAUAGAUCGGAUCACUUCUCUGCUCAAUUCAAUGGAGGCUAACGGCGAGUCUGGUGGUGUCGUUAACCAUGACGCGAGAGCUGAAAAUUUUGACCCCAAUGUUGCAAAUCCAGGUUUGAAGGUAUCAGGUUCGCCGUCGAUCAGGAAAUCGGCGAUCAAAGCCCAAAGGAUUGCGUCGAAAAGCCCUAGAGUUAUCCCCAGUCCAGUGGCUUCACCUUCUGCGCAGAAAUCGGCUUCGAAAUUCCAGGCCGUGGUGGCUUCGCCUCCAGCGCAAAAAUCGGCUUCGAGAAGCCUUAGCCUUAACCUAACCCCGGCGGCUUCGCCUUCCCCGCAUAAGAGGAUCCGGCAGAGGAAGUUCGUGGUGGCAAAGCGGAGUUCGAAGAGAGAAAUUGCGGCAGUGCCAGUGGCUUGCUGCAAGUGUGACAAGGGUAAUGGUGAGCACAAGUGUUUCUGUGUUGCUUAUGAGAAUCUCAGGAGUUCUCAGGAUGAAUUUUUUAAGAAUCGUCAAACAAUUGUUGAUGAAGAAGGCGAGUUGGAGGAGCCAAAAACGCGUGAUGGAACUGAGAUUGGGAGUAAAGAAGGGGAAGAAAAGAACAAAAAACUUGGAUCAGAUGAUUGUUUUCCGAUUAAUGGUACAGAGAAACAAGGAUCAGAUGAAGGGCUGUUGAAAGAGGCAAGAGUAAAGGUGGCUGAACCUAGUUCGGGGCGAGUUUUACAUUUGGUUAAGGCUUUUGAGAAGCUGCUUUCACCUGCAAAAUCGAAUUAUGCAGAGGAAAAAGAUGAGAGGACAGUAGUAGGAGAUGGUGAGGAUGGAAUGAAAAGUGCAUCACCUGCAAAAGCUCCAUUCUCUCCACCAGAGUUUCUCCUCACCUGUGAGUGCUUAGGCUUGGAUUCGCGCUGUUCGUCUUCACUUAACAGCAGCAAAGGAAGUAUUUCAAGGAGGGCUUCUUCUGCCAGUGAUAGAAGGAGCAGACGAAAAAGUGUUGAAUCAGAUGGGACUUUGGCUAGAAGGAAGAGAAGGCAACUUACCAGAACAACAACCUCUCGUGAACCUUUCAAGCUCAGAACUGAGCAAAGGGGAAAGUGUAAGGAGGAAAAAUUGUCCAUUAAAGUGAAGGAAAUGAUGGAGGAAGAGGAAAAGCGGCGGAUUCCAAUUGCACAAGGGCUUCCAUGGACGACAGAUGAGCCAGAGCGUUUGGUAAAACCUCCCGUGAAAGAGAGGACAAGAGCAAUUGAUCUGGUGCUGCACAGUGAUGUAAGGGCUGUGGAGCGAGCCGAGUUUGACCAUCAGGUGGCAGAAAAAUUGAACUUUAUUGAACAAUACAAGGCUGAAAGAGAGAGACAACAGAAGUUGGCAGAAGAAGAAGAAAUUAGAAGAUUGAGAAAGGAACUCGUUCCAAAAGCUCAACCCAUGCCCUACUUUGACAAGCCUUUCAUUCCUCAAAGGCCAGAGAAGAACAAGAAGGUCAAAUAGGCAUUUGAAGAGCCUCCUCCUCCAAGGUUUCAUUUUUUCGGUUUGUUUCUGAUAAUCAUUCAUAUUCUUUUAUGUAGUGUGUAAACAAUAAGCAUUGUUAUUAUAGUAACAA